AUGGGACCUGAUGUUUUGAAAGAAGUCAUUGAGAAAGCUGAGUUAUAUCCUAUAAAAGGGUUGUUCAGCUUCAGAGAUUAUUAUGAGGAGAUUGAUUCCUAUUAUCAUCAAACUCUUGGCUAUGAACUUGGGGUUUCAACUGGAUGGAUGGCAUUAAAUGAAUUAUACAAUAUCUGUGGUGGUAGUCCAUUGGCCAAGGCUUUAGACCAUGAAGUUGUGCCAGGAGAGCUGACCAUAGUAACUGGAGUGCCAAAUUCAGGCAAGAGUGAGUGGAUUGAUGCACUUUUAUGCAAUCUUAAUGAAAGGGUUGGUUGGAAAUUUGCACUUUGCUCGAUGGAGAACAAGACCGUGGGUUUGAUGGGUUGGUCAUGUCGCCUGUGGCUUGGGUCUGGUCAGUAUAUCCUGGCCUUGAGUCCGGCCCAACCAGACCAAGAGCAUCAGGAUGCUCUUAUUUUGAUUGGCCUGGCCCAUGGAAAGCCCUUUGUGUUUGUGGAAGGGGGGAGUCGACUGAACAUCUCAGCCAUUGGAGAGAAUUUCGCCGGCAUCCGAUUCUCAAUUCUUGUUCACCCCGGAUGA